CCCUGACGCACUCACUGUUCGUUCAGUAUUGGUUAAAGCACUCCUCGGGAAUUAAAUUCUUUGUUAUCUAAUUUCACAUGACGGCAGUUUAACUCGGUCAGUUCCUUCAAAUAUUUAUCGUGACAGCUAAUAAGCAUCCUGAAAGCUGCUAUAGGAAAGAGCAGGUUUGGACAAAAAAUGGUACGAUGUUAAAGGUGAAUGGUGGAUGGUGAAGUGAACUCGUUCAAUAACUGGUCAUCGUAUAAAGAUCUGCAAAAUGAGGCCGAAUGAAGUGGCAAGAAAACAUCUCUCUCGAAGAAAUUCACGAGCAACGAAUGGGGCAGCCAAAUCGGCAACCAUUAAAGUGGGAAGAGAUUCUGGCCGAGUUAAGGUUUUUGUGCGAGUUCGUCCCAUGAAACCACAGGAAAAUAGCAGRAAAGAAACAGUAGCAGUUGAUGUCUCUGAACUACGCUCAUCGAUCCAUGUGAGUGACCCUAAACACAGCUGGGAGAAGGAUUAUCCAUUUGAUCAUGUCUUCCCUUCUGACUCCACUAACCAUGRGGUUUGUAACACAUUAUGUAAGCCUAUCGUCAAUGCUGCUCUCAAUGGYUUUAAUGGUACACUCAUGGCCUAUGGUCAGACUGGUUCAGGUAAAACAUACACGCUGAUGGGACUAGAUGGAAUCACAUCUGGCGUGGUAGAUAGAUGCUUCAAACGAAUCAUGCAAGACACAAAACAUGACUACAAAGUAUCAAUGUCAUAUCUUCAAAUUUACCAAGAGAAAAUCUAUGAUCUUCUGAAUUCUACAAACAAAGUUGAACUUAACAUCAGAGAACAUCCCCAAAAAGGAGUUUAUGUAGAGAAUUUGUCCGAGUUUGUAGUAMGAAGUCCAACGGAAAUAAUGAAUUUAUUGGCUGUUGGCAAGAAGAGAUUGGUGUUUGCAGAAACCAAAAUGAACAGAACUUCGAGCAGGUCCACAUCCACGCAAAGAACACGUGAAACAAGCUGGCUCACUAAAAAAGGGUCUCUCUGCCACGACUUCAGAAGUCUCGGAUUGCGCUUUAGAAACAGAAGAUGAGGAACAAGACUCACUUGCAAAAAUGACUUUCACCGACGACGUCCUUGUCCGAGGAAGAAUUCACUUAUGUGACUUGGCCGGAAGYGAACGGUUAAAGAAAACACAAGCUGAAGGAGAUAGAUUAAGCGAAGCUCAGCACAUCAACUCGUCGCUGUUGGAGUUAGGGAACGUCAUCCAUGCGUUAGCUGACGGCAAGCACACUCAUGUACCAUUCCGUAAUUCUACAUURACAAGACUGCUACAAGAGAGUCUGGGAGGAAACUGUAAAACUAGUCUUAUUGUCUGUGUUUCUCCCACCAUGACGGACGUCAGUGAAACCAAAAGUACACUAAGCUUUGGAUCUCGCGCUAUGAAGAUUACGAAUACAGCUUAUGUCAAUGUGGAGGUGGAUUACAAGAAACUUAGUGAUGAUUUGACCAAAAUGUUAGACUCUAGAGAAAAAGAUAUGGAAGACCUAAAAGAAUCGUAUGAAAACAGAAUCACCAAGGUGAAGUUGGAGGCUGAAAAUAUGCUGAAAAGUUCGAUGGAUACAGCACAAGAAGCUUUGGCGACAGUCAGGAAUUUAUUCGAAUCUAAGGAGACAAGCCUUCRUGAUGACAUACAUCAAAUAGACCAACAGCUACAGAAAGAAAAAUCCUUAUCCAGCCAACUUMAACAGCAGCUUUCCUCCCUCAGCACCUGCCUUCACGGUGGAGUCCAUCGAGCAAAGAGUGCCCUACUGGCUGAGCUCUUAUCCAUGCAACUCUUCUACACCAUUAAAGACAUGCCUGAAGACGAACGACAAGAACUAGCCAAGGUUUUCCAAGACGAUUACAUAUACUCUGGUAAAUCAUUGCUUGAUACCAAGGAAAAGGUCUUGGAAAACACUGGCAACGUACUUGAGCUGCUUCAGUGUUAUUUAAAACUUUUGAAUGCCUCUGGAGAUGAGCUAACAAGCAAUGGGUUUAACCUCAAGACGUUAGAAGAACAACUUGUUAGCGACCGUGACGAACCGAAAAUAUUGCCGUCUCUGGUUAAUCAAAAUUCUCACGAGUUGAAUGAAAAAGAGAAGGAGGUUGUUAGCUUGCAGCAGAAURAAAUAUUGUUGUCUCAGUUCAAUAAAACGGACGAUGACAAAGUUUCUGAAUUCUCCACAACUGACGUGAAAUUAGACUCUCAAGAAACAAAUGAAUCAAGGUUUCUCAGUCUCACGAAGAGUCUUCGGAACAAGCUACAAGAUAUCAAGRGGUCGUUGGAUGGUGACGCAAUCGAGUUCUUAAAGAAGGCAUUUGGGAUGAAACGGAUGGACRAAGAGAAGGAAGAAAGCAAGGAAAAGGUGUAUGGUGCGAUGCUGGAAUUAUUACGUCAUCGGGAAACCCAACAAGAUAAACUACACCAAGACCCAGAGAUACCCAUGCUACAUGCUGAGAUUGCUCUUCUGGAUCAGUCUGUUUGUCAUGUUCUUGUUGACAAGGCGUUACAAWGCGCCAUUCUGCUACUUGAACAGACUGACACCCAACAAAAAUGUACAAAACUCUUGAAUAACAACGACAAUCUGAACAAGGAACUAGAGGUGAUGCGCUUACAGGUUGAAACUCUAGUAAGCGAGAACACGAAACUCAACACGAAGUUGUCCGAAACUUCCAACUUUCUGCAGGACGUGAGAACAAGCAAGACAAUGCUAGAGAACGAUCUGUCGUCGGUCUUCCAACUGUACAACAUGAAAAGUAUACAAAACCCCGUCGGGAAAUGCCCUUCGGAUGUGAAAAAAGACCUACAAGACGGAAUCUCGUCUCUCGUGGAGGAAAAUGCAAAACUUAAAGUAGAGCUGAAYGAUAGUAAGAAAGAAAACGAAGAGUUAGAAACACGACUCAAGAACACUAAGGAAGAACUGAUGGAAAAGCAAAAACUUGUGGAGACAUUGAAUAAAAAGAAUGACAAGCCAAUACAGACUAGAACAUCAAAAGCGACACAGACCUUGUUGACUGAUAGUAAACCUGCAGUGAAUGGGGACGCUUCUGGUUGCAAGGAAAUAAAUGGGGUAGAAAGAUCUGUUUUGCCUUUGACGAAUUUCCAGACURAUAAAGAAAAUGUGAUACCAAACGGAGAUAUCAACCAAGAAACAGCAGAAAACGAUACUUCUGUGAAAAAACCCACCUCGAAAAAGCUCGGAGAAAUCGAGCAGUUUCUGUUAAAACUACAAGAUGAGUUAAACAAGMUUGAAGAUGAUGAGUCUGCACUUUUUACUCACGCCAACCAGCGACAGGUGGUUUCGUCUUUGCGAAUGAAUCUGAACAAGAGACUCGGCGAGUUAUGGUCUAUUGAGGUUGUAGAAAGCAAAAAWCUCCGAGAAAAAGUUGAGGACCUAACGGAGAAGUUAGAGAAUACCAGAGAGGAGUAUGAGAAGCAAAUUGAUGAACUUGAGCGGGAGCUUGAUAGUGAAUCCCAAGCGAGGUUGAACUUAGAGAACGAGCUCAUUCAAUACCGUAAAGAAGUCAUGGAUCUUGGUGCGGAAAUCUGGUCGACCAAUCAAACUAGUGGUUCUAARGAUGUUGAGUACCUGAGUGACUCGUCGAGAGAAACCUCUCGAGAAAGUGGUUUUAGAUCGAGAUCAACCAGCGAUGUUCAAGACAAUGAACCUCAUCACUCAGACGAGGUAGAUGGGGGCAAGAAACGGUCAAAACCAAGGAACCUCCUGAGGCGAGUUAGUUCGACCCAAGAGAGUGAUAGUGAUGAGUCGCUAUGUGAAAWGAGGAGAUCAAAAGAUCUCAUCCAAGCAGAGAGUGACACCAAGAUUGUCAAGGCCGAGCUACAGAAUCUUAAACAGACCUUCSUGCAGAUAAAUCAAGAGCUUUCAGACUCUGGGAAAAUUCGUCAAGAGCUGGAAGAAAGAUUUCUGAACUUGGUUAAUGACAACAAUGCCAUUUCUUUAAAGUUCAAAGCAGCGGAUGAGGAAAAUAAAGAGCUAGAAAAGAAGCUCAGCCAAGUUUCUUCACUAAAARCAUCUCUACAAGAUGAACUACUACAAGUUAAAAGUGUAGUUCACAUACAUUUAGAAGACAUACGAAAUUAYAAGGAGAAGAUUGCUAACUUUGAAGUGGAAAGAACACGAUUGAAACAGGAAUUGUCUUCGCGAGAGAUCAAGUCUAGUGCAAUGGACAGCAAGUAUAWAGAAAUGGAAAGAGAACGAGAUGAUGCAAAGAAGCUCCUGGAGACCACUCAAGGACGUUUACGUGCGUAUGAAGAGGAGUUGAAUCUUCUGCGAGAUACGUGCGAUAGGUUAAGGAAGGAAGAUGAUAGCGACAGGGAAAAUCUUGUUGAAGUCAAAAUGAAAGGAGGACAUGGAAGAGAUUCCGCAACUCCAAGUCGAAUCCAGUCAAUCCAUCUUGUUUCACGAGCAAAGAGCCAAGUGAACAAGAAACCAUCGUACUUGGCUAACAAGAAGAAAGUAACGAUAAAGAAGAGCCCGAGAGAAGACGACAAUUCUCCGCGGACGAACACACUAAAGAGAGGAACAUCAGGAAAAAGAGGAAAAAUCACAAGUCCAAGGGAAUCCAAGACCUUAACGCGUGACUCAGAUAGAAGUACACUCAAACGAACCAAGACUUCUGAAAGACGAGCUACAAUCAAAAGGGAUACCGACGAAGACCGCAAGCUGAAGUCAGAAUUGUUGUUAGCUAAGGAACAGCUUGUUCGACUCAAAGGGGAGCUUACUCUUUCCAACAUCCAAACUGCUAAUCUUGGGACGCAUUUGACUUCACUGAGAGAGGAUAGUAACAAGUUGGAGGUGGAGCUAUCAUCUAUGCAUGUGAGAAAACCUCCAAACUCUAACGACACAAAUCAAGAGUCCAGAAGUACCUCCAGGGAUGGUAAAAUAGAAGUUGAGCUGGCGGAAGCUAAAGAAAAAAUCAUCGAACUUCAAGACAAAAUUCUGAGUCUUAGACGAGAAAAGACAACGAGUGAAGAAAAGAUGUCUGAAUCAGAGGAGGAGCUAAAGAAACUGAGAUCAGAUGUCUACAAGUCAAGGGAUGGUUUAGAGAGAAGUCAAGAGGUGGUUAAUAUCUUGAAGAAAGAGAUGGAGGUUUUGACGAUGAAAAAUCAAAUUCUACAAGAGCGUUUGAAUAAUUAUAGUCGUGAAACUGCACAGAAUGUCAUUAGGGGUAAUUUGGAUGAGCUUGACCGCCAAGAUGAAAGCCAAAAUGACAAGGAGACAGGGUCACAGAACAUURAUAAAGAACAGAUGGAAUACUAUGAGAAGGAUAGGCUGAAGUUACAAAGAGAAAUAGAGGAUUUAUCAAACGAUAAAGUAAAACUUGAGGACAUGAAAAAUUUGGUGCAAAAACUGGUUGAUGUUGAAGAUGAGCAGCUGGUGUUGAAGCGACGUCUGAGAAAAGCGGUGAAGCAAGUGGAAGAAGAUGGCACCGAGGAGGUUGUUAGCAAAGACACUAAGAACAAAGAGUCUUCACCAAAGAGAAAUUCAAGGAAAAUAAACGAAUUGUUGCCAAAUAAAGACGAGAAAAGGUUCGAGGAAUACUAUGUUGAAAACACUGCUCUGCGCUGCGAAGUGGACGCCUUGCGUAUAUAUAUUGCAAACCUUGAAAACGAGAUCAAAUCCAUGAAAUAUAAACUAUCCAUCAGUGAAUCCAUGCAAGGAAGCCAGGACAAAAAGGGUUUAGCUGUUUUGUUAGCAUCUGCUAAACAUGAACGUGAAGAACUGAGAGAAACACUCAAUGGURUCUACAGCGAAAAAGAAGACUUGGAAGAAGCCCUUAGUGUUGCAAGGGUAAAAAGUGAGCGCUUGCAAAGAGAACUUAGUGUUGUGAUGAAGAAACGAAGUGAGAUGGAGAUGGAAUUAGUAGCAAUUAAGACGGGAGAUUCUGUUCCUGAGAAGGAUAACYCGAAAACCAGUCUUUCUACAGAGGAAGAGAGAAAGCUCAUUGAGCUAAUCAAAGGUUUUUUGGAUAACAUUGGAGUACAGAAUGCUGAGGAGAAAGAUAUCUUGGACCUGGCAAAAUCGUUACUGUCACGAAACAACCAUCAAGCAGAGAAAAACUCAAAGGGAAAAGGAAAAGAGAGCAAACCUUGGACAAGGAAUUCAUCUAUGGCAAGAAAUCUCACAAGGGGAUCAGCUGCAAAGUCAAGCAGUAAAUCAUUAAACAAGUCACAAGCCUCUAGGCAUGGAGCACAAGCUAAUGCUAGCAAUCUAAAGACCCAYACAUCUACAGACACAAGUAGUCACAAUGAUUCUUACAGUAAACUCAAGCGGCCUAAGCCAGGCACCCGUGGGGUACCAGAAGGAAUGGAGACUGAAAAACCAACUGCAGCCAAAGCUGUAAACAGCCUUAAACAGCAAGAUGCUGAAUUAGAUGACAUCAGUGAUGAUGUGGGUUUUAUGUCUUUAGAUAAUGAUGUGCAUAUACAGCAAAAUGUAACAGGCGAGGUGUUAAUCAAAAAGGCAUGGACUUUGAGAGAUUUGUUCAAGCKCAGCUCGGAAGCCAAAUUACAUCUUCCCGAACCUAGUGUUGUAACUCAAUAAUGCAUAGCUGGCAUUGAUAUAGCUCUUUUUCCUCAACUUCCUUCACCUCAACACCAUUCCUUGCAGUUGAUGAACCAUCAAUACAACAUUAAUUCCUUUUUUGAAUGCAUAUUUUUACUCUUCAUGCUAUGGAAGCAAAAAAAAUUCUACGUAAGGGUUUGGCUUACAAAAAAAUAUGCAUCAUAAUAUUUUGCUGAAAUUCACAAGUUUUUUGUCUUUUCAGUAUUUCGCUUAGUAUAAAGUAAGUUCCUAAAAUCCUUCAAGUGUGAAUUCCCAUUUGGUAAUCAAAAUAUAAGCAAGUCAAAUAAUUAUAAAUUUAAAAAAAAUAGAGAAAGUUUAAGUUCAUAAAUGAGAGUAAUGACAAACUAUAUAAACUAAAAGUUAAAAGCUUUAGAGACAAAGCUUCACUAACAAAAUUUAAAAAUAGAAUAACAAUAUAAUUUUGUAGAAAAUAAUAAUAAUCCCUUAAAAAAUUUGAGAUAAUUUCAGCAUACAGUACUUCAAAAGUUUCUAUAGAAAAUGUUUAAAUUUGAACCUUUCCAAGCCAUCAUUGAACCAAACAUGGUUUUUAUUUUAUAGUUUUUUACAAUGUUCACUUUCUGGAUAGGUGUGUUUUAGGUAGCCUUACAGGAGUUAAAAUAACCGGUCAUCGCACAAUGUAUGCCCAAAAUUGGAACUUGUCCAGUCAAAUGAUGAAGGACUAGCGUCCGAAACGUCAGUAAGUUUUUUCAUCUUUUCAMGGUGUAUAAUUUACCUUUUUAUCAUUACUGUUUCAUUAGAAACAUUGACACAGCUCACACUAGUUUUUAGCUAGUUAUAUCUUCAGUCAAAUGUUUGCUCAUCAGUCAUUUGGACCAUGGAUAAUUACUAAUUGGGGCAGUCGUCAUGACCAGCUGUUAUUUUAAGCCCUACCUUACAGGCAGAUUGUACAUGAAAAGGAUUUAUUUAUAUCAAAAUAUGAACAAAUAUGUUAUUUAUCAUUUAUAUUAUGACACUUCACAAGAAAAUUAAAUUGGAAAUGUACUAGUU